UACACUUUGCAAUGCGGGAAAAGAUAAAACAAUUAACUCCCAUCUUGCAUCGCCAACCGGUAAACAGUCUCCAAACUCUCCGACGCAAAAUUCCGGCCGGUAAAACGCUAUCCAAUCAAAUUUGGCAUAUUAUCACUUAGCUGAAACAAUAGAUAGGAAUUAAAGAAGAUGUUCACCCAAUUCGGGGCCACGGCGGAGUCUUUGAGCAAAGCCUCAACGAUGGUAUUCCGGAUCGGUACUGACGCUCAUCUUUACGACGACCCCGAUGACGUCAACAUUGCGCCACUCCUCGACAGCAAAUUCGAUUCAGAGAAAUGCGAAGCUCUCAAGCGAUUGCUCGCUCUUAUCGCCCAAGGCUUCGACGUCUCCAAUUUCUUUCCUCAAGUGGUGAAAAACGUCGCCUCACAGUCAAUCGAGGUGAAGAAGCUCGUAUACUUGUACCUUCUGCACUAUGCUGAAAAGCGGCCGAAUGAGGCAUUGCUUUCAAUAAACUAUUUUCAGAAGGAUCUGGGGGAUACAAACCCAUUGGUGAGGGCGUGGGCACUUCGGACUAUGGCAGGUAUUCGUUUACAUGUGAUUGCACCGCUUGUUCUGGUAGCAGUUAGUAAAUGCGCGAGGGAUCCAUCGGUAUAUGUUAGAAAAUGUGCUGCCAAUGCACUUCCAAAGGUGCAUGAUUUACGUUUGGAGGAAAACACUGCUGCCAUUGAAGAGCUUGUUGGGUUUUUGCUUAAUGAUAAUUCUCCCGGAGUUAUUGGAGCUGCUGCAGCUGCAUUUGCUUCUGUUUGUCCAACUAAUUUAUCUCUGAUUGGAAGAAACUAUAGAAGGUUAUGUGAGACUCUUCCUGAUGUCGAAGAAUGGGGUCAAAUUGUGUUGAUUGGUAUUCUUUUACGGUAUGCAAUUGCAAGGCAUGGGCUAGUUAAAGAAUCAAUUAUGUUAUCUUCUCGUGAUUUGGAGAAUAUUGCUUCUGAAAAUGGUGCCUCUGACACCUAUCAAAAAGGAAACGAGGAUUCUAAUGCCUACUUUGGACUUAAAGAAAGCAACGCUGACUUGACUAAUGGGGUAUGUAAAUCUGAGGUAGUAGAUAUAGUCUCCAGGAGUUACCUUGAAGGGCCAGAUAAAUACUUAUCCAAGCAUAGAUGUGCAGAUGUGCUUUCGUCUGAGUUAGAGGGUUUGCAUUUCACAUCUGCAAAAGAUAAUGAGGACAUUAAGAUCCUGUUGCUGUGCACUUCACCUUUGCUGUGGAGUCAUAAUAGUGCUGUGGUACUUGCAGCUGCUGGAGUGCAAUGGAUAAUGGCACCAAAAGAAGAUAUCCAGAAAAUUGUGAAACCACUUUUAUUUCUUAUGAGAUCCUCAAACUCGUCAAAAUAUGUGGUUCUCUGCAACAUCCAAGUAUUUUCUAAAGCAAUGCCUUCUGUCUUUGCUCCACAUUUUGAAGACUUCUUCAUUAGCCCGUCAGACUCAUACCAAGUAAAGGCAUUGAAACUUGAGAUACUUUCCACAAUUGCUUCGGACUCAUCAAUUUCUUCUAUUUUUCAAGAGUUCCAGGACUAUGUGAAAGAUCCAGACAGGAAAUUUGCUGCAGAUACAGUAGCUGCAAUUGGUUUAUGUGCUCAACAAUUUCCAAAGGUAGCAAAUACAUGUUUGGAAGGGUUAUUGGCCCUUGCAUCACAUGAAUCCACAUAUGGUGAUAAUGCAGCUACAGAUGGAGAAGCUAUAGUUUUAGUUCAGGCAAUAUAUUCAAUCAAAGCAAUAAUGGGAAAAGAUCCUUCCAGUAACGAAAAGGUAAUUGUCCAUUUAAUUCGAAGUUUGGAAUCCAUCCGGGUGCCUGCAGCACGUGGAAUGAUUAUCUGGAUGGUGGGUGAGUACAGUGACAUUGGGAAUGUAAUCCCAAAGGUUUUACCUGUUGUACUUAAGUAUCUAGCAAGAUGCUUUACUGUGGAAGAAGUUGAAACAAAGCUUCAGAUUCUUAAUGCUUGUGGCAAGGUCCUAUUGCAUUCAAAAGAGGAAGAAUUAUGGGCAUACAGAAAAGUUUUAAGUUACAUGCUUGAUCUUGCUAGAUGUGACUUGAACUAUGAUAUCCGUGACCGUGCUCGUUUUAUAAAGGAACUUCUGUCGUGCUAUAUAGGUUCUUCUGAUACUGAAGAAGGAAAAGCCCAACAAGAGAGCAGGGAUGUUUCACGUGUCCUUGCAGGAAGAAUAUUUGGGGAACAAAUUAAAGCACCAUCAUCUGAACAGUUUAGUGCUCGCUUCUAUCUUCCUGGUUCGCUUUCACAUGUGGUUCUUCAUGCAGCUCCUGGCUACGAACCUCUUCCAAGACCUUGCAGUCUAAAUUUUGAGGAUCCUAGUAUAAACUCUAAUAUUGUAGAGGGAGCAAAGAGACCAGGCGAUGGUGCUACUCAAAGUGAGUCUUAUACGGAUGAUCCGGAUUCUGUAUCUGGAUCUUUGAAUGAAGAAAGUACCUCAGAUUAUAGCUAUGCAGAUUCGAUUGGUGGUUCAGAUGGUCCUGGUGGCAGCAAUGUUAGUAGUUCUCUUAGUGAAGUUGAUGUCCAUAAGGAACCACUGAUACAUCUAUCUGAGGUUGGCUAUCCCAAUGCAAAUCCAGAUGGGGGCUCACAUGUGGAUAAUCCGUAUUCUGGCUCCAAUAAUCUUGGGGAACUAAUAUCUGCAAGAUCGCUUGAAUCAUGGUUGGACGAGAACCCAAAUUCAGGCCAUAAUUUGUCUGAACCAAGUUGUAUUAGGAAAUCAUCAGCAAGAAUCUCAAUCGGGCAUAUUCAUGACAGAGUUGAACCUAAAAUAUAUGCACUGCUGGAUCCUGCAAAUGGAAAUGGCUUGAGUGUGGAUUAUGCAUUCUCAUCUGAGCCGUCAAGUCUUUCUCCCUUGCUUGUAUGUUUACAAGUUUCCUUCAAGAACUGUUCUACAGAGCCGAUGUUAAAUAUACAAUUGGUAGAAGAUGACAAAAGCCAAGAUUCAUCAGAUCAUGCAUCAGCAAUGACUGAGAGUUCCUCUCAUGGUGAUGUGCCAAGUCUGGUUCCUAUGGAAGAAAUUGCUAACUUGGGUCCUAGUGAGACUAUCAAAAUAAUGCUUCAAGUUCGUUUCCGCCAUCAUCUUUUACCUCUAAAGCUGGUAUUAUGGUGUAAUGGCAAGACUUAUCCAGUUAAGUUGCGACCUGACAUUGGAUAUUUCGUAAGACCUCUUCCAAUGGAUAUUGGAGUGUUUUCUGCCAAGGAAGCUCAGCUGCCUGGGAUGUUCGAGUACACAAGGAGGUGUAUCUUCACGGACCAUAUUGGAGAGCUGAAGAAGGGUGAUAAACCAGGGACAAAUGAUCAAUUUCUUGUCAUCUGCGAGUGUUUGGCAGUAAAGGUGCUGAGUAAUGCAAACUUUUUCCUUGUGUCUGUUGACAUGCCUGUUUCUGCCAAUCUUGAUGAUGCAUCUGGUUUACGUCUAAGAUUUAGUGGUGAGCUUUUGAGUAAUUCAGUUCCCUGCUUAGUUACGCUUGUCCUGGAGGGCACGUGUUUUGAACCACUGAAUAUUUCAGUGAAAGUCAACUGUGAAGAAACUGUAUUUGGUUUGAAUUUGUUAAAUAGAAUUGUGAACCUCUUGGCUGAGCCUGCUCGAGAAUAAAAAAUGUAUUAUUUGAAUCCAUGAGAAGUGAGCCAUAUGAUUUCGUAUCAUGGUGCUCAAUCUCACCUUGGUCUAUUCAGUGGAAAGUUUUUUGCAUGAAUAUU